AUGGAUACUCUGCUGCUCAAGCUUUCCUUUCACGCAUUUUGCUUUCUCUUCCUCACGGCUCCGACCUCCGCCACCGUCGUCGGCGUCACCUACACUUCUCCUCUCACGCCUCCAUCUUCCUCCGCCGCCGUGAUCGGCGUUUGUCCCAUCACCUCCCUUUCAUCCUCCUCCGCCUCCUUCAUCGGCGUUUCUCCACUCACCUGGCCUCCGUCCUCCUCAAUCGAAGGCAAUGCUUCCGAGCUUCCUCCUCCACCGCAGCUCUCACAUCCCGACGCCAUCGCGUACGCUGUAUCCGCCCUCGGAUUCCGAGCAGUGCGCCUCUCCCAUCCAGAUCCCGGCAUCAUCCGAGCCCUAGCCUUCACCAAUGUCUCCCUGCUCAUCUCAAUCGAGAACGAGCUACUGAUCCCGCUGGCUUCCAGUCGCUCUGUGGCCGACGACUGGCUUCGAGUCCACGUGCUUCCUUUCUACCCGCACUCCACGAUCGCCGUAAUCUCCGUCGGAGACGACACCGUCCCCAUCUUGCAAUCGGAAUUACUGUUGCCAGCAAUCCGUAAUGUAGACUUGGCGCUGCGAGAUGCCGGGAUCAAGAAUAUCUCUGUCACGGCGACUCUCUCUUUCCUCGACGUCGUCACCGGAGUAAUCCCGCCGUCUCUGUCCAAUUUCCGGGAGCCGAUGGGAGAGCAAGUGAUCCGGCCGCUGCUCCAGUUCUUGGAAGAUCGCAAUUCCAUAUUCUUGGUGGACCUGUACCCCUACAAAGUCAGCCGGAUCUACUCACAGAUACCGCUGGGGUUUUCUCUGUUUCAUGGGGGAGAACAGAGCUUCUACCGUGAUUUUAGAACGGGGAUUACAUAUCACAAUAUGUUCGAUCUAAUGGUUGAUGCUGUGACUAACUCCUUGAAGGUUUAUGGCUACCAAGAUAUCACUCUGGUGGUUGCCGCAACUGGCUGGCCAAGCUCCGCCGUAGCCGACGACGGCAGCGCCGAUCCCGACGCCACUCCCGCCAUUGCCCAGGCGUACCUCAGCUCCCUGGCUGCACAUCUGAAAGCGAAGCCGGAGAGAAAUCAAGCUAUCAUACCUCGAGGUCCCGCCACAGUUUCGGGCCGACCUUCAAAUUGGAUGCCGCAGUGGUUGUAUAGUAUCCUAUUGAUGCUGGGGAUGCCAUUUGUGCUGAACUUGGUUGCCGCGGUUCUGAUACUUGGGUUCGAAAUGAGCAUUGGAGUGGCUAUACGCGGACUCUUCAAUUGA